AUGGGGCCUGGGUCUCCUGCCGGUGGUUGGAGGGGCCCCGCGGGGUGCGCGGUGGGGCGUGUGCCCUCCUUUUUGCUGGUGCUGUCCGGCGGCUCGGAAGGGCGGGGAGGGCCCCGAGGGGCCGGGCGGCCUGGGACAGCUGCCCUGGCUGAGGUGCUUCCUCCUGUGGUUGCCUCGGGGCCGGGAUGGAUUGAGUACAGUUCGGACUCGCAGCCGCGUCCCCAACUUCUCCGGCCGGGUACCUCAUCCCCAGCUCCCCUGCACCUGGUUUCCACCCCACCCCAGGCCUUCACCACCGUACUGUCUGUGUCCAUAGAUUGGGAAUCUCAACCUAAAGCCAAAGAGUCUACUCCUAUGCAGGAUAUUUUGGAGGAAAAUUCAUCUCAUGAUUUGCAAAUGGGGCCAGGGCUUGAUUUGAGGAUGCAGAUCCAGCCCAUGAUGGGAGAGAGGGAGAAACUUUCACCUCCAGAGGACCGGUCACCUCUCUGGGAGUCCCCUUGGUCCUCUGGAUACACAGGACUGAAGGCGGCUGUGCAGAUUCAGGGGGUUGCCACGCCGGAGCCUGCACUGGGCCUUCCCGACCCCUGGGCCAAGGGUUCUGCUCUGCUUGCUCAAGAGCCUGUGUGGCUACAGGAGGAAAGCGUAGAGAAAGAAGCUGUGGUUCCUGGCGUGCUGUCUACCUGUGUACAGGAACCAGUCACCUUUGCAGAUGUGACUGUGCUCUUCACCCCAGAAGAAUGGAUGUUUCUAGACUCUGCCCAGAGAAGCCUGUAUAGAGACGUGAUGCUAGAGAACUACAGGAACCUGGCCUCUGUGGGAGAUCGACUAUGCAAACUCGGCACCUUUUCUUAUUUGGAGCAAAGAGAAGAGCUGUGGAUCACUGAUAGAGGGAUGUCCCCAGGAGUCCAAACAGAACCUCAACCUCAACCCCAAGAGUCAAUUCUUAACCAAGAUACUUUUGCGAAGAUUGUAUCCAUUGGCAUAGAAAGGGAGCAACCCCUGCCUGGAGAAAAACUCUAUAAGUAUAAUGAACUUGGGGAACCCUUUAACAGUAUCAAACAACUUUUCCAGUGUGAGAGAAUUUAUGCUGGAGGCAACCCCUAUGAAUGCCCAGAGAGUGGGGAAUCCUUCGCAAUUUUUUCAGUGUGA